ACAGUGGACCCUCCACCACCAUCCACUAACUCUAGUACUCUAGUAUCCAACUCACAAAUCCGAAUCAGCUGACGAGGUCAAAGGACUCCAUUCAAUCUAAACAUCGAAGCCUCAAGAACGAUCCAGAGUGGUUGAGUUGCCGUCAUAUGGUUCGUGAUUCAGAUAAUGAUCCAAGCAUUCAGGUAGUUUAGAGCAACAUGACUUUCCUUCAAAUUCCAUACAUGGCGCAGAGGAACUUGGCAAAUAAAUUUGGCGCGUCAACACUUGGCUUAAGAAAUGUUAGAGGUCUUCUUUUAAGUCAAAAUGCAACAAAAGACUCCAGAUUUUCUUCAACUUCGACAGCAGCGCAAAAUAAAUUUGAUGUGGUCAUUGUUGGAGGAGGUAUCGUCGGGAUGGCCACAGCGCGAGAGCUCAUUAUGAGGCACCCCGACAUGUCGUUUGCUGUGCUUGAAAAAGAGCCAAAUCUAGCUGUUCACCAGAGCGGCCACAAUAGCGGGGUCAUUCACGCUGGAAUCUACUACACGCCUGGCACACUGAAAGCCAAAUUGUGUGUGGAAGGCUUCUUGAUGUCCUACAAAUAUUUUGAUGAGAAGAAAAUUCCAUACAAAAGAUGUGGCAAAUUAAUUGUUGCUACAAACAGUGACGAGGUAAAGAAACUGGAUGAGAUCAUGCGCAAGGGCGUAGAGAACAAAGUACCUGGCUUGGAAAUUGUCGAUGCAGCAAAAAUAAAAGAGAUUGAACCUUACUGUCGGGGCUUGAAAGCGGUGUGGUCCCCAAAUACGGGAAUUGUGGACUGGGGCUUGGUGACCAAUUACUAUGCAAAGGACUUCAAGGAGUUGGGAGGGCAAAUCUUCAACAAUUUCCCUGUUUCUGGUUUCAGUGAAACGGCUGAAAGCAGUAACAAUGAUGAAAACAAUCACUGCAUCAGAGUUACUGGGGCCAAAGGACAGGAGGUGCGCGCACAAUAUGUAGUUACCUGCGGUGGGCUGCAGUCUGACAGAGUUGCUCAAAUGUCUGGUUGCUCAAUCGAGCCAAAAAUAGUCCCAUUCCGUGGAGAGUAUCUUCUCCUGAACCCAGCCAAAAAUCACAUGGUGAAAGGCAAUAUUUACCCUGUACCUGAUCCAAGAUUCCCAUUCCUCGGCGUUCAUUUCACCCCACGAAUGGACGGCAGCGUUUGGCUUGGUCCAAACGCCAUUCUGGCCUUCAAAAGGGAAGGUUAUGGAUAUACCGAUGUGAAUUUGACCGACUUACUGGACACUAUCAAGUUCAAAGGCUUCAGGAAACUUGCUCUGAAGUAUGUUGGCUUUGGAGUGUCGGAAGUUGUCAAGUCAAUAUUCAUCUCCAAGCAGCUGAAGGAACUCCAAAAAUUCAUUCCAGAUAUUGAUGCGUCAGACAUUAGGAGGGGCCCAAGUGGAGUUCGAGCUCAAGCCAUGGACUCGAAUGGGAAUCUAGUGGAGGAUUUUGUUUUUGACUCUGGUAGCGGCCCACUGUCCAAAAGAAUUUUGCAUUGCAGAAACGCCCCGUCUCCUGGGGCGACUUCAUCACUAGCAAUUGCAAAGGUGAUUGCAGACAAGAUGAAAAACCAGUUUAACAUCUAAAGUACGGGUCUUCAACUUUGUUUUUGAUUAUAUUUUAUGCUCUUUGCACAAAUUAUAUUGUUGGUUUCACGGAUUUUAGUCAUGAAAUCAUAACUUAAAAUAUUUUAUACAAUAUUCUAGCAAUAUGAUUCAAUAAUUUUUGUGAUAAUUAAUAAAAAUUGCAGCUACAUUGGUCAUGAA